UCUCCUUUCAUUGUCCAUUUCUCGCAUCUGUAUGGCCACCAAAGGCCUUUUGUUGACGUCGUUCCUGUUUUAUGAUUGCUGACUGCUUUCCAUUCAGCUCACUGGUACCAGCUCGCCUCAGCUCCCUAAUCCGCCAACAUUCAUCCAUCCACCUCGAGGUCGUCAGUCGUCCGCUCUAUCCGCACCAAGAAGACGAAACACAGCCACUUAGGCCUCCUCCUACAACCCAAAAGUCGUCAAAACAUUUCCUUCCAAGAUAUUGAACCCUUUUCCAUGGCUGGCUCGUGGCAAAGGCCCACGCGUACAGCAUGGACCUUUGGUGGCGCCUGCUGCAAAGGCAGUCGUCAGAUCGACAAAAGCAAUCGAAGGAACAGGGGCAAUUAAGCGCCGCAGAGGAGCAUCCAGCCGUCGUGGAACCUGCUCAUCAUCACCAUAAUGCGCAACCAGUACAUCCGUUACACUCACCGGCGGCGCCGCCACAGUUACGCGCCGGAUUGACCAAUCUCAAUACAAAUGACCACAACGACCGUCCCAUAGAACCUCAAUCGAAGAACAAUUCUGAUCCUCCUGUUUCGACUUCUGCUCCCGCUCCUCUCUAUGUUCCUUUUGUUCCUUCCACACCACUACGGACCUCGCUCUUUUCUCUCGCCUCUCCUUGCUCUCUAGCUUAUUCGACUGAUUCCUCACCUGUAUCUUUGUCAUUGGCCUAUUCCGAUUAUGAUACGGAGCUCAUGGCCCUCUCGACCCCGGAGUUACUCGACACCCGCCGCCAACAUGGGGAUAAUAUCCCAAAGGCUUUGACAUCACAAAAAGGCGAUAUUGUGGCGGAUCCGUCUUCUGACGGCAGCCAACAAUAUGUGCAGCGAGCGAGUGGUAGCGGCAUGAUGCCAGAUUCGACACCUUCUACCAACAUGUACCGUGCCACAAGACCACCAAGUCUGGAUGUCCAGCUUUCACGCCAGAAAAAGAGAUUAUCGCUACUAGGAAGGCCAUCACCCGCUUAUGGUGAAGCUACCAGUGCCAGAAGCAGCUUGGCGAGCCCAACUCAGCGAAAUCAUCCGGUGCGCAAUUCAUCGUCCAGUCGACUGCUUCCUGGGCUUGGUCUUCCAGAUUACCCCCGGCAACGGUAUACUUACCACGCCUCCGGCGGCUUACGGACUUCGCCCAUAUCUGAAGAUGCACCCAGCGGAGGGGAACUUGCCUCGGAAAUCUCCGCCGCCAUUCUGAAGGAAACUGAGGAGAACGCUGCGGCGGAACAACCGUCGACAACGCUCAAGAUCUGGGGCGCAGUCGCCAGAUGUCUAGAAGAAAUUACCGUGUCGCUUGGACCGCCGAAUUCAAAUGCGCCGGCGGUAUCUGCACCACCGAGCAUAGCAUACGCUCCACAGCUAAGAGCUACUCCAUCCAUAAGGAGAAUGUCGAACUCGGUACAAUCGGUGGGAUCGCGAAGGACGUCUUACGAUGUUGGGGCCAGAAACGACCUUCCGUCCCGGCAUCGGAGGGUGAUCAGCAGCAGUUCCAUCCGAAGCGGCCGACAGGAACGCGAUCUGGAAGCGACGUAUGCGAUGGAUGGGCAGGGCAUGGAGGGAUACUCCUGCCCAUUCCGGGUGCGCAACCCGGUUCGCUUCAAUAUCCGUGACCACGAAGUUUGCGCCAUGACUUCUUUCGAAUCACUGGCCGACUUGCGACACCAUGUUAUGUCGUAUCAUAGAAGGCGCGCAAUGCCUCACCAAUGUCAGCGAUGCAAAGUCGGAUUUCCCACGCAGAAAGGGUUGGACGAACACCUGAUGCUGCCCAAGGAUGAAAUGUGCGACACAGUCCCCACGGAAACACCUCGCAAUCCCGAGGAUGGGAUAUCUGAGGAUGUAGAUAGGACUUUAGCUUCUGGCGAUGGAAUCCGAACCUGGGAUAACCUGUGGCGUCUGAUCUUUCCCCUGGAUGAUCAGAUUCCUAGUUCUGACUUCCAUCCCGUCAUCGAACUAGCCGAGGUCGAGCAGCAAUUUGACGAAGGUCAAGAAGCGCUGAAAACGCACUUGCAAGAGACACUUCGGCUCUUUCUUCCGGAGGCCAUCGACGACGCCUACCGCAACUUUUUGACUGGUCAACUGGAACUGGUCUUUGAGGCACACAAAGCCAACACCAUCAGGAAAUGUCUCCACCGUAUCCAUGGCAGCACCAACAACGACACCACUGGCGGACAAGGCACCUCGCCAGAGGACAAGAGGCGACGAUCCUCAAGCGGCGCUGGGAAUGUCAACCUAGCGCGCCGUUCAACACGUAGGAACCGCCAAAGCGCCAUAUUCAGUGGUUCUCGUGCUCAAGAAAGGCAGUCGUCAUCAACAUCAGAUGGCCUGUUCUCCCCUUCUCUGCUGCCACCGUGGCAGUCAAGACGGGGAAGCAACGGUCUCAGUAAUAUCAGCAACAACAAUAACAAACCCGCAUCACGACGAAUGUCAGAUAACACCCGCAGCCGACCAAACCUCACCAGCAAUCCCCCAACCAGCCCCAGACGUCUCUCCCCCCAUCCAACGCCCACCCUUUCUGUUUCAGCAACCGUGGCGACCAACGAGUCUGACGACACAGCUCUCAAGUCGCCCACCACACCCGCUUCCUCCUCCGGUUCAGCACCGCUCAUCCACGUAGCAGCCCAGGGGGGAGGGGCUUCCAACUUCUCAAUCUCGCCUGACUCGGGCUGCGCCUGCACUUCCCCUUCCACCUGUCGAUGCAACGAACUCCUAGCCCUUGGCAUCCACCACAACAGCCACAAUAACCAUUAUCACGGCCAUCCUCCCGCCCGCCCCAAAACCGCGCCAAUCCCUUACCGAGAGCGUAUGGAAGAGCUUUCGGUUCUUAAGCAUCGGUUGCGUCAUCAGCCCGCUCUGCAAGUCAGGACGACGGGAAUUGAUCUAAACGGGGGAUUAGAAGGGCGAAGGGCUUGGACGGGUGAUGUCCGGAUGUAUGAUGAAGAAGACAGUGAUGAUGAUGAAGAUUCAAACAACGUGUUCUUGAGGCCAAAGACGAGAGAGAGUUUUGAUUUGGCUUUUCGAGGAGCGAUGUCAGCGAGGGAUGUGAGGGAGUCGUACUCGCCGCAGAGCUUCAAAGAGAGGUUGUUGAGUAGAGGGAGCAGUGUUAGGGGGGUGAAGCAGCUGGAAGUUGAAGAUGGUGUUGGCGAGGAGACUCAGGGGCAAGAAUUGGGACUGGAUGACAAUGACCCCGAGGGGACGUCAAGUCAGAGGGGGAGUUGGAUGGGUUGAAUGCAAUUCUUUGGAGGCCGCCAAGAGUGACUUGAAGUGAGUGUGAAAGCUUCGAUCCAUCUAUCGGAAGAGCGAAAGGGGAUAAUAGCUGGUUCUAUUUUUUUUUUCCCAGCAGACAUACGCGAAUUUAAUCAGCUUUGGAAAUGACUGCGGCACAUAGCAACUUCAGUUACUUACCAGUUUUAAUACAUACAAGAAUGAUAAUGAAUAAUGAUUGCAGUUGGCCUAAC